AUGCAAUGUAAGUAUUCGUGCAAAGAAGUAUGGCUUAGAGUGAGCACAAAACAUGCUAGGACAUUUUUGGAACAGUUCAGCAUCAACAGCAUUGUUUUCGGCCUCCCCUCCAUUUUAAGAACUUCAGGUACAUGGCACACGAUUCCGGAGAUUUGAACUUCGCCACAGUGAAAUUUGGGAAGAAAUCACAAUGCGGCGCUGACCAAGCGCUGACAACUAGAUGCAGAAUUCUACACCUUUGCGAGAUUUGUACAAAACAACCGUUUUAAUAAAGAAGUGGCUAUAAUGGAGCGCUCCACGCAUCGAGCGCCAUGGUCGUUUGUACUAAGCGAGGCGGAGACUGGGAAUUUUGUAAAGGCGUCUAGGGUUUUGCAUUUAGCUGGAAAGGAUUUGUGAGAAUCCUAUCCGCUCUAGUAGGAGACUAACACUUACGGAUACUCAACAGAUAGGUGUCAUAACAAUUUCUCUGGCUAGACCUUC